CUAAUGUGUCAUGGUGAUGACCGAAACAUCAGCCUCCGACAGUUCUUCUUACUUUAUUGUUCCUUUUAACUUUAAACUGUUGGUUAUCGUGGUCACCCCGUUGUUUCACGUGAUCUUUGCUAGUUUAGUAAACCUUAUAAACGCACGACCCUCAUCCAAUUCUAAUGACACUUCGUGCGGGACAGUCGAGCGGUUCAAUUCGCUCAUGGCGUCGUCACUUUCCGUUAGCUUCUGUUGACAAUCUGACAGAUUUGAUGCGUGAGAUUCUGUUUAAUUCAAACUUCAACCCUGCGUCAGAUUCCGACUCUUCGUAUUCUGGGGUCGCUAGGCUGGGUUCAACUGAUUCGGCCACUUGUGUUAUCGAGCCAGACCUUACCUUCGUUUCCAUUGUCCUUGGGUUCAUAGAGAAUCGUCUCACCAGUUCCAUGCAUGAGGAACCAGCCGUCCCUUCUAGGCUAAGGCCUGCCGUCAGCCUAUGCUCGUCAUCUCUGAAGUAUUCCUCAACGUGUGCUAACGGUCUUGCAAUAUCUUCGGCAGCGUCAACUAAGGUUCCUCCCUCUCCAUUAUCAACCCAAAAAACCAGGACGGGAAAUGCGUCAGAGGACCCUCUGACCCCUGACCUGUCAACCGUCAUGGAUUCUCCUUCCUCGGACAUUCCCUGCACAGCUGAAGUCAUCACUAUCACAGCUUCAGAGGCUAAAACUCGGGCACAACGUCGUCGUUCUGUUCAUCGACGCACUUCAUCCGCUCGCGAAAUCGGUCUUUCGUCCCACAAGAACUCAAACAAUCCGCUCUCUGGGUGUGUUCAAUCACCAGGUCCUUCUUCAUUGGAGGCUACUAAACCAUCUCUUGUCCCCGUAAACAAGCGAAUAAGGUAUUUGGGUCAUGUUCCGGAAACCACCUCCUUUCCGUGUCUUACAUUUGAGGAAGCCGAACGAUGGUAUCAAGAAUUCCACACGCUUAUCACGACUUCGCCCAAACUCCAACCGUUCCUCAAGGUGCCGCCGUCAAACUCAUCCCGUUCCAACACUGACGAUGCACCGCGUUUUGCGACGCGUGCGCUCAUCCGGGCAGUAUGCGAGGUGCUCUGGACUAGGAUGACAUGUGGUAAAAAUCGCGAGAAAGUCACUCACACACAAAGCGUCUACUCGUUUCUCUCGAGUGGGAUUGUGGAUAGCUUUGGUUUCGCUUAUACGGCGGUGGCUGCAUGUCAACUACUUGAUUAUUCCGACGUGCAUCUUGCGCUCUCGGAAGAUCACGGUUGGGUGGAAUUCGGCCCUCCAGAUGCACGUCAGACAGCCGAUGUCGCUAGCUGGUUGCAGAGCGUUCAUAUGGCCCAUGGGCACGACGGCAUCAGUCUUGCUGAGUCCCAAUCACUGUCAUCAGGAGGUGAAAGCGAUCAACCCAUUACGAAAUUGACUGUCUUCGACGAUCAGGGCUCUCCACCCCCUGUUCGAAUUCCCCCUUGGACUCAUUCGUGGCUGUAUGUCAACGGAUAUCCAGUCAUCUGUCAUCCACGUAUACUGGCCGUUGCGGCGGCGAUCGCUUCCCUGCAACCUGGUUCCACAGUUCCAGUGCAUACUCCGUCUCCAGCUUCAGUACCAAGCGUCUCUAACUCGAUGCCAGCCUAUUCUACUUCCACAGAUUUUGCCACCACAAACAAAUGGGCACGGCAUUUGUCCACUCCUUCUGCUAUUUCCAUGCAGUUGGUGACAGUGAAACAUCGCUUGCUGUGGCUCUUUUAUGAUGCUGGAUGCUUGGCACGCUAUCCCCUCGGGCUGACAAACCUGGCUGAUUUGGAAGAUGCGUUUCCGUCCCCAGUUGUCUCGAAUCCUGUGGCUAAUGGUUCUCAAACAAAGUCCGACUCUGAUCCUUGCUACCCUUCAGCUGGCACUUCUGUUGCCUUUCGGCUCUAUACUGAAGCGGUCUCUGCUAACAGAAAGCAUUAUGCGAAUCAACACGUAUACCCUUACACUUCUCUGGCUGGUUACCUUUACCGACAUGAUGACCACCGCGGUGCUCUGCAUUAUUGGUCAGAAGCUGCUCAGGUUAUCGGACAGUAUAACCACAGCUCCGACGACUGGGAGGUCUACCGCGAGCUUCUAGAGAUUGCCACCCAACUGAUGCCUCACGUGUUCCGGUGUGCUGCUGAGGCAUCUCGUUUCUGCCCCGAUGGCGUUUUGGCCACUGAUCCAGAUGGUUACGUGUAUCAACCCUCGAAUAUUUUGGAUGAUCCUCAAUGCUUAGCUUAUCUCCUCGCGUUUUACGAUCAUCUGUGCUUGUGGGAAGAAGGCUCACCGGUACCUGUGCUACAUGUGGGAUGGGUGGACAAGUUAAUGAUUAAUCUAACCCGAUUCUCUCAACGCGCCAGACGUUUACUUUGUCUUUCAGUGGAUGAAACAAAACUCUCUCAAACCGAAGCGGAUGUCAACUCACCGGCUCUUGUUCACACAAGGCGAUCAGAACACUUGAGUCUUUCUCCAUCCCUCGUGUCCCUGCCUAGACGAUCAUCAACUCGGCGAACUCGAACUCCCUCUCGCUUAAAUGACCAAACGAGUCCAGGACCCAGUGGGUUGACUGAAUACCCUCUUUCUCCAAAAUUGGGCAUAUCUUUGACAGUUCAGACAACGUUCAGUGAUUCGUUAGCCGCACCGUGUACUUCAGCCUCAUCGUUAUCGACACCGCCGAUUGUGUUGACCUCAAUAGAAAACCGCAUAGAUGGCAGUAAAACCACCAGUGCUGAUUUGUUCGAAAUGAAAUCAGUUUCUUCCACCGGAAAAAAAUCUAAAAGCGCAUCUCGGAGCAAAUCAGAAGCUGUCUGUCCAUCUUCUAUCCUGGUUACUGAGGGGAAUUUGCCCCUAGGUAAUCGUGUCAGUGAGAAGAUAGAACCGUUUUCUGGCGGUGAUGUCACAGAGAUUUCGACGGUAUUAUACGAAGAAUCAGCGGAUAAAUGGACUCCACUAACUGAGCUAGAUGGGCAGAGUAUUUCCCGCUCAUCCUCACCGAUUGUCGAGUUUUCAACCCAUGACUUCUUGUCUAGUUUGGCCGAGGCAUGUGAUCAUCGGUUGCUGAACCCGGCUUUCCUUUGGGGUGUCGAACCCGACACGCCUUUCCUGCCAGAGAACGUUGCCCCCGAGGACGCACUUACUAGGCUUCUCGUCUCGCUGGAACCUAGCCACUUCCUUUUAGGCACGCGGUCAACGAAUCUGUUUCUUACGCCACCGGAUUCAGGAAGCUCAUGUAUAACCGAGAAGGUAUCCAUAAAUCCAUCCCACAAUCAACACAAAGAGUGCUCGGUGUUCGGUGGAACAGAGCACGAUACGACACCAGCUUUCUCAAACGAUAACACCAGCAAAUUUGACGAACCGUUUCCGCUGAGUGAUACUGUUUCCGAUGGGCUAAUUGGUUCUGUCACUCAUUUGGCUAACGAGUCGGUUUCUCCGGAGGGUGAACUUACGAUGAACGAUGACGACCCCCAACUGUCAUUACACAUUGAUAGUUUUCCGUCUGAUUGGUCCAACUCGGACACCAUGGUUGAGGUUGCUCUUGAAACCGGACAAUCCAUGCAGUCGAAGUCGAUGGGGGAUAUGAUCGUGCAUUUGACUCUGCAUUCGACCAAAAUGAUUUCUAUAGUAGAUUUACUGCGCGCCUCUCGACUGAAUGCUUCAGCAAUCAAGUUGGCCCUCACUGCCCAAAGUCAGUUGUGUCCAAAACGACAUGGGCUGCCUUCGCUUCAUGAAACUGCUUUGGCCCAUGUUUGACGUUCAUUGUGAACUUCAGCUUUGAAGCUAAGCGAGGCUAUUUUUUCGCACCCAUUGUCAUUUUAAUCAACCAGCUUCACACCUCACCGAUCGCUCUUUAGGGAUCGUUUUUCUGUUUACCCUGCAGACCUAAUCCACUUAUACGAUUUUCCACAAAUUCUUGCGCCGUUCUUCUUUAUACGCAUAACUCACUUUGUGGUGGCUUUUAGUUUUAUCCUAUGCCAUCUAACCGCCGUGUGUACGAGGUUAUUAUUUUUUACUCCUAUUUUGAGUGUGUUUAUUUUUCAGCCAACAGAGGGUUCUCGCAGUUUAUGGCAUUCCAUUGAAGUUGUUCAUCAUCACUUUUGAUACCUACACCCAUGUGUCUCUCAUCACAAAAUGGUCUUUUGUACACUUGAGUUCACUCAUCCCCAUCACCCCGAACCCAUCUGACCGUUUUCACAUAUCGUCCGUUUCUGCGUUUCAUUUUUACAAACUGAUAUCGAUUCUUAUUUUGUAGCAGUCUUCCACUAGCAAUCCCGAGUCCAUCAACUAAUGGACUGCCUUAUUCUCCGGUUUUCUUUCGGCCUAGUGCCUAUUCUUCCCGGUGCUUUGUACUUAAUCCCAUUCCUUCAUUUACCCUAAUUGUCACUCAACUUCUUCGUUGCCGGCGUUUCACCUCCACACACUCAACGCUGAUACCAGAGGGACGCAACCGACUCUUUAAUGACCCCAACUCUUUUUUGUCAUUGUUAAAAUGGAUUGUCUAUUUUUGAUGGUGUCAAAUCACAAGCCUCUUUCGUCCAUUCGCUGUCGUGGCUCGGUAGCUGCCCCACUGGGCUAUCACCUGAUUGAUUUUCAUUCGCAUUUAACCUACCAUCCUCCGUCCUCCGCGCACUAGUAGUUUAUUUGAAAGCGCGAAGACCUUUUUCCUUCCUGCGUGCUUCAUCCAAGUAGUAUAUGAACAAAUGCAAUGGGUCUUUUCCGUGACCUCUUAGCCGAUGGGUGUUUAUCGUCGUUACUGU